CAAUGUAAUAUGUAUCGUGUCAAGUAGUCCAUUCAUAUAUUCAUCCAUAAUUAUAUAGAGCAUCUCAAAAUGGCAGUAUUAUUAAACCACUCUUACUCAAACCACAUACUUAACAUGGUGUCAGGUGUAAAAUAGUAGUAAAAGUUAUAACACGUUUCUUUACUAAGGUGAACAUGGAAAAUUUCAAGCCCCCAUCAUCAUUGAAUCUAAGCGAAGACGUCGCAGAGAACUGGAAGUUAUUUAAACAACGAUUCCAAAUAUUUUUGGAGGCAACCGAAUAUACUAAAAAAUCGGGGUCAGUUCAAGUGGCUAUGUUAUUAAACACGAUCGGUGACGAUGGGCUGCAGCUGUUCAAUACAUUUAAUCUCUCGAAUGAAGACAGAAAAGAUAUUGGGAAAGUGUUACAAUGCUUCGAAGACCACUGCAUACCGAGAAAGAAUCAGGUCUUUAACAGAUACAAAUUCUUUAACCGCAACCAGGCGGAGGGUGAGUCAUUCGAUAACUUUCUUACAGAUUUAAAGAAAAUAGCAAAAAUAUGUGAGUUUGAAAAACAAGAAGAGAGCCUGGUGCGGGAUAAAAUAAUACUGGGCAUUAGAGAUAGAGGACUACAGGAAGCACUGUUGAGAGAAGCUGACAUAAAUCUGGAGAAGGCUAGCAACUUGUGCCGAGCAGCUGAAGUCAGCAAACAACAGGUGAAAUUAAUGCGUGAAGGUAAAGGAAAUGAACUAAAUAUUAAUAAAUUAAAAAUUGGACAUAGUAAAAAAGGGACCAAUAGCGGUAGUUCUGAAAAUGGUCAUAAUGAUAACUAUCAGUGUAAAAAAUGUGGUAAGACUCAUGCAAUUCGUGCUUGUCCUGCCUAUGGGCUUAAAUGUAACCAGUGUGGUCGGUUUAACCAUUUUAAAGUAGGGUGUAAACAGGCUAGGGCGACACAAGUCGGGCGAUGGAGAAAAGCUGACAAAAAAGGUGUCAACGAAUUAGAUUUUAAUAAUGAACGAGAUGAACCUGAACAGGCAUGGUUUACAAACGAAUUGACAGUGCGAAGUAUAAAAUCAGGUGCUUUAAGUAAAAGUUGGACACAUGCGAUAAUGUUAGACAAUCGGUUAUCGGUGGACUUUAAAAUUGAUACAGGAGCAGACAUUAAUGUUCUUCCGUAUAAUUAUUAUAAGACUUAUUUUAGCAGGUUUAGCCUAAAGGAGACUAAUUCUGUGUUAAUAGCAUAUGGUGGUACUAAAAUUGAAACUUUCGGUAUUGUUAAAAUUCCGUGUAAAGUUUGGGUAAGCUGCCUUUUAAUUACAAAAUUUGCCUCUCGGAGAAUGCAGUUCCUACUGUAAAGCCAGCUCGAAGAUAUGCCUCCUGCAUAAAGGAAAAACUGCAAGC